AUGGUACUAAUUUUUUUGCAAGACACAACACCACAGCAGUACCGGCGUUCUGGGCUGAAUUUUUGGUGCGGCCCAUACGUUUGGGGCGGCCCAUACUCCAGCGACCGCAGCAGUCUUGUUCGGCAACCUCCGUCCGCACGACGUCGCGCCCAACCGCUCGGUCAGCUCCACUACGCAAUUCGCUACCUCGGCUUCGACAUCCGCGACGUGCAGAGCCCGGAGGACAUCGUCGCCGCGGAACGGCUCGUUUUUCCCGGUGUCGGCGCCUUCGGCUCCGCCAUGGACGUCCUCAACAGGACGGGCAUGGCCGACGCACUCCGUGAGUACAUCCAAAGGGACCGCCCCUUCCUAGGCAUCUGCCUCGGUCUCCAGCUGCUCUUCGAUUCCAGCGAGGAGAACGGCCCGGUGAGCGGCCUCGGUGUGAUACCACAUAUUGGCUGGAACGCUCUCCAAAUCACCAAGGACACACCACUGUUGCAGGGAGCUGAUGGCCAGCAUGUGUACUUUGUUCACUCCUACCGCGUACUGCCUUCAGAUGCUAAUAGAGACUGGAUUUCCUCGAUAUGCAACUAUGGUGACAACUUUAUAUCCUCCAUCUCAAUGGGCAACAUUCAGGCAGUUCAAUUUCACCCAGAAAAGAGUGGAGCUACCGGACUUUCUAUUCUAAAAGAAUUUCUCAGACCUAACUCUCUUGGGACCAAGGUAAUACAAAGGAGACCAAGAUCACUGAUCACUGAGAGUUUAUUGUUCCUGGCGACGCAGGCGCGUGAACUCUUCUACUACCUCAAGGCGGAAAAACUCAGGGAGAAGCUGAGGCAGGAGUGCCUGCGGAAGGGGACGGAACUGGCGCAUGGGGUGGCUGACGCCCUCUUCGCUGGUGCUGCGACAAGCCAGCAGAUGAGCGUGGCGAUCUCGCUGGAGCAGUCCAUCACGCCGGUGCUUCAGGACUUUAUGAAUCUCAACAUAUUCUAUCUACCAGUGUAUUACUGUGGAGGUGAGGAGUAUAGCUCAAAGUAUGAUCUGCUCCUCUUCUCUGCUAUCCUUCUCCGCUCCCCUCAUGCUCCACCUUGA